AUGGACACAGGCGGCCUGCGGGGAGUUGCCUGGGUCUCGCCUCGGAACCCAGGCGUCCGGGGCCGGAUUGGAGCGCGGCGUUUCCACCCGGUCGCCUUUUGCAGCGACACCGGCUCCUGCUGCGGGUGGAGGGACGGACGGACAGAGACAGACUGGCCCCCCCCCCGGGCCCCCCCACGCCAGGGACCCGGGGCCGUCACAGGGCGCCAGAGCCCGCAGGGGGGCGCCGGGCGCGUAGAGCCUGGACCGGUACCGCCCCCCCAGCUGGGACUGGACCGGUACCGCCCCCCCAGCCUGGAUCGGACCGGACCGGACCGGACCGGUACUGCGCCCCCCCCAGCCUGGACCGGGCCCGACCGGUGCCGCCCCCCCCAGCCUGGAUCGAACCGGACCGGUACCGACCCCUCCAACUGGGACUGGACCGGUACCGCCCCCACAGCCUGGAUCGGACCGGACCGGUACUGCGCCCCCCCCCAGCCUGGACCGGGCCCGACCGGUGCCGCCCCCCCAGCUGGGACUGGACCGGUGCCGCCCCCCACCAGCCUAGACCGGACUGGUACUGUGCCCCCCCCAGCCUGGACCGAGCCCGACCGGUGCCGUCCCCCCAGCCUGGACCGGACCGGACCGGUACCGUCCCCCCAGCCUGGAUUGGACCGGAACCACCAAAUCCAGCCGGGUUUGGACCGGUGCCGCCCCCAGCCUGGACCAGACCGGUGCCGCCCCCUCAGCUGGAACCAGGACAGCUGCUGGAUCCCUCCCGGCCCGGCUUGGAGCCGGCCCCAGCGCUGCCAUGAGCUGAGGGCACCGUGCCCGGCGCUGGCCCGGCCGGCCGUGUGGGCACCAGAGCUGCCAUGACCCCGGAGACGGGACGCU